GGUACUAAAUGCAAAACACAGUAACAAUAUUGCCAAGAGGCAAGGAUGUCCAGUACGAAACGCCCGCAUUGCGAAGCUCUGGAGGUCAGAAUCAUCUUCUUCGCCCCAACCCAGUGCAAAGGACUCCCGCCAUGUUCGCCACCAAUGACAUCGUGCCCGAAAGAUCUCCAUCAUCUCUGAUUCGGAUGGCAACGCCAGACAAAGUCCGUAUAUAACAUCAGCCCGUUCUAUAUGUUGUGCAGAGCUAUGGCGCGUGCUGUCCUUACGUUGUGGAAUUGCCGACAUGGGAAAAGCCUCUUUUUCCGGCUGAGUCUGACCAAUCUGCACAUCGUGAGCAGAAUGAUACAGCAAUAGACCUUCUAUCAAGGGCAGUGUCCUACUAGUUCAUGAUUUAAUAACUUCAUGAUAGGCGCACAUCCACUUUGCACAGUAUCUGGGUUGAUGACUGCGCUGUUGGC